GCAGCAGCAGCACAUGAUAACAUUGACUACAUACCUAAGAAAGUCAAAUUGUCCAUGCGAAAAAGGGAAUGUGUCCUUCAUGAAUAUGUACGAGCAGCAGAGACUCAGAUUCAGACCGAGCAGCAGAGACUCAGACUCAGACCGAGCAGCAGGCGUCCUCCUCCCUCCAGACGGAGACCUCUCCUCUUCAUAGCUUCAUGUUGUGAUGGAAAUCAACCCUUGUCGCAAGCAAAACAUGGUGAAGCAAUAGCAUGACACACACCUUUUCGAGCAUGGCAGAUAGAAAGGGAAAACCUGUCACUCCGAUCAAAACGCUCACAAAGAAAGAACAAGAAGAGCUCAAGAAAAAGGAGGAAGAAAAAGCAGCAGAGGUUUUUGAAGAAUUUUUGGCAUCAUUCGAGACCAGCGAGAAAAGCGGAGUGAAAACCUUUGUCCGUGGGGGUAUCGUGAAUGCAACUAAAGAGGAGGAAGCAGCAGAGGUCAAGAAAAGUAAGCUGUAUCGACCUGCUACGAAGUUUGUCCCCGUGUCCCAGCAUGUCUCACCAGUAUCAUCUGCUGAAAGCAAAAAGUCUACAUUUAAAAGAAAGGCAGAAGAAAAGAAGAAGAGUAAUCUCGAACUCUUCAAAGAAGAACUUAAGCUAAUACAAGAAGAGCGUGAAGAAAGAUAUAAAAGGAAGAAAAAUGACGGUGGUGGUGGUGGUGGAGGAGGAUAUGGGGACCUGGAAACACCAUUAUCAGGACGAUCAUCAUUAUAUGAUGACCUAACAGUCCCAACCACCACUAACCUCUACAUUAGCUGCAUUAGCCCAAAGAUGAAUGAGGAGAUCCUCUGCAAAGAGUUUGGUAAGUAUGGUCCCCUGGCCAGUGUGAAGAUUAUGUGGCCCCGAACAGACGAGGAGCGCUGCAGGACCUCCAACAGAGCCUUUGUGGCUUUCAUGACACGGAAAGAUGCAGAGAGAGCCUUGGCUUCACUUGAUGGUAAAGUGAUUAUGGGGUUUGAAAUGAAGCUGGGAUGGGGUAAACCAGCUCGCAUUCCACCACAGCCUCUCUACACACCGGUGGGGGUGAGGGUCACACCACCACCCCCAUCUGGUCUGCCUUUCAAUGCUCAGCCAAGGGAUCGCUUCCGCAAUGACUUCACCAAGCCGCUGGGCAUGUCCAAAGGAGAGCUUGACAAGACUCUGUCCGAAGCCGUAGUCAAAGUGGUUAUCCCAACCGAAAGGAAUCUAUUAUUCCUCAUUCACAGGAUGAUAGAGUUUGUGGUGCGUGAAGGCCCCGUGUUCGAAGCCGUAAUUAUGAACAAGGAGAAAAGCAAUCCAGAUUACAGGUUCCUUUUUGACAAUAAAAGCCAAGAUCAUGUGUACUAUCGCUGGAAACUGUUCUCCAUCCUACAGGGACAGUCCCCGACAGAGUGGAGGACGACAGAUUUUCGGAUGUUCCGGGGAGGCUCCAUGUGGAGACCCCCUAUCCUAAACAACUACUCUCAGAGAGGUGAAGAUAGGGCAGAGGUGGAGGAGGAUGCUCCCCCUGAGGAAGAGGUGAAGAAAGGGCAGCUCAGAGCUGAGCACAGACAGAGGCUGGAGACAUUGCUUAAAGAGCUCACUCCAAGCCGAGAAGAUAUCGCCAAUGCCAUGCUGUUCUGUCUCGAGCGAGCAGAUGCAGCAGAGGAAGUAGUGGGACACAUCACAGAAUCUUUUUCCUUGCUUCAGACGCCCCUUCAGAAGAAGAUUGCCAGAUUGUAUCUCGUGUCAGACAUCUUGCACAACUCAUGUGCCAAAGUAGCCGGUGCAUCAUAUUAUCGUAAAUUUUUUGAAACAAAGCUAGCACAGAUAUUUGGAGAUCUUAAUGCAGCGCAUAAAAACAUACAAGCCAGGCUGCAGGCAGAACAGUUUAAGCAAAAGGUCACAAGUUGUUUUAGAGCAUGGGAGGACUGGGCCAUAUACCCGGAGCCUUAUCUAAUCCACCUUCAAAACAUCUUUCUGGGCUUCGCCAAAGCAGUGGAGGAGUUGACAGAGGCGGCAGAGGAAGUGUCCUCCUAUCUCGAUGGUGCGCCAAUGGACAGGGCACCCAUAGAUGGGUUACCUCUGCACGCAGCUCCUGUGGAUGACCUUGACGGCUGCCCCUUGGGCUGGGACCCUCUGGAUGGAGUCCCUGUUGAUGACAUAGACGGUGUUCCCUUAGGAGUUGCCAUUGAUGACAUUGAUGGAAUGCCUUUGGAGGAGAGCAAUGUUCCUCUCUCCGGAGUGCCUUUGUCAAAGUGGGAGAAGACGGGCGAUACUGGGACAUUUUCUCAAGACAAGACUGAGUCUAAGUGGGACAUGGUGGUGGAGCCAAACAAUGAAGAUGAAGUGAAUGUAAGCGUCAACUCACAGGACGGAGAUGAAGACUCGGGGAGUGACAGUAGCGACGACUCCGGCAGUUCGUCCAAAUACAACAGUGCCGACUUCCAGAGCUCCCUCAGAAGUUUUCAAAUGUCUGAGAGCAAAAGGAAAAGGUUGAGAGAGCUGGAGGUAAAGGUUAUGAAGAUCCAAGAUGAGUUGGAAUCUGGCAAGAGGCCGAGGAAGUCUGGAAUGAGCAUACAACAACAAGUGGAGCACUACAGGAACAAACUGUUACAGAAGGAGUUUGAAAAAGAUGAAGAAAAGAAUGAGAGAUUGACAUCAAAGUCUAAAGACAAGUCAAAGGAUGACAGAAGGGACAAAGACAAGAGCAAAAGAAGUGAAGAUGGGGUCAGAAGACGAGGAUGGAGUAGAGAUCCCGACGACCAGACCCGAAAAUCGAGGAGCAUCUCUCCUUUAAAGACAAGGUCUCCCAAAUGGUCCAAGCGUUCCCGAUCACCAUCUCCAGACCGGAAGGUAGGGAAGUCCAGGUCACGGUCACCACAUCGCUCUCACAAGAAGGUAAAGAAGAGCAAAUAUUGACUCUCAACUCUGGACCUGGUCAUUCAUUAGCCUGCUGGUGUGCCGCGGGUUACACAACGCAGUGCUCUUUAAACAGACCGACACGUCUGCUCUCUUGGUCCCAACUUACACUAUCCAUGCAAGAUGAAGCACUCUUUUUGUAUGAUGAAGUUUGAACACUGUAACUAAUUAUAUAUAUUUUUGUUUUAAUGUUUGUUUCUAAAAUGAUAACCAGAAAUGUUGCUGCAAAGUUCCGACACUAAAUAAAUCACUGUGUUGGUGAUGAA